AUGGAAGCAUCAAUGUACGAUCAGCCACAGGUAUCAACGAUCCCGAGAGAGAUGUUUAUUGAUGAUGAAGAGGAUGUUGACGACUAUAUCUUCAGAAAACACAACUGCUUGAAGAGAGAUAGUGGCACCAGCCAAACACAAGGGUCCCUGGACUCUGAAGACUAUGAAGAGAUUGUGACAAAGAAAGAUGGGAGUGUAAGAAUAGCUACUGAAAUCCAACAAGGAGAGCAACUGCUUCAACGUCUGCAACAGGUGCAGCUGCGACAAGACGUAUGUACACCAGAGAGUCCUUGUACCUCCAAGACGGUUGUCCAAGAGACUGGAGGUGAGACAGAGGGUGAGCUUGGGGAUGAAGAAGAUUAUAUGAAGGCAAGAGAAGACGAUCUGCCAGGUGGAGUUGAGACAAAAGAGAAUAGAUUUGACCCUGUAGAGCAUCAGGGUGCCAAGAUGAUGAAGAAGCAAAUAAAUGAGAGUAAAUAUGUAAAAGCAGGGAUGUCCUCGUACACAAUGGUUGUAGAGUAUAACGCAAAUUCAGGAGACUCCGAUGAUGACCCAAGUUACAGCUGCGUACAUGAAGACAAAUCUCCGAUCGACCCCAUUGAAACUUCUACCGAAAUUCCAUUCCUAUCUCCCUGCCACCGACUCUCCGUUGACGAGCCCUUGUUGGAGAGGCAGAUCUUCGAGGAAGCAAAGGAGAAGCAGAACCUGCAGAGAUCUGGUGGCCUCUUAUAUCUCACGGAUAAUCCAGAUGUGCUAGAGUUUCCCUUUAAGACCAAUAUCUUGCUGGAGCCAUUUGAGCCGACAAAGGAUGGCCCGGACCAGCAGCGCAGCGACUGGCAGUUCUCCGAGCAGAAGAUGAAAAAGGAGAUAAGUCAGGAGUUUCAGAGGGAGCUGGUGCUGGUCAACCAGGGGAAGAUCCCAGGUGGGUACAGCAAGGAGGAAACCCGCCAGUUAAAGGAGACAAAGCUGCUGUUUGAGGCUUUCCAACAUGACAACACAGAGGGUCCGAGAAAACACCGGAAACCACCUACUUCGCCGACGAAAGGUCACGUCUACCCUUCUGUGCUAGAGCGCACACGAAGCAUGAGGUUGCUGUCACUGAAUAGCUGCCCUGUUUCCAGAUCACUUUCCCUCAGACUGCUUCAAGACAUUGAGAAAAGUCCUGACAUCUCCAGAUCGCUGAGUUCAACAGGUGGUUCUCUAGACAAAAAAUGCUUUUGGUCUUUCACAAAACAAGACCUGAAGGCAAGCCAGUACAGAUCGAUGGACUCCAUAAACAAAGAUGUCUUCACAUGCGAUGUAGGUGCUAGGAGUAAAACUCUGGAUGGAAACACAAAACAAGAAUCUCCAAUCCUUAAACAUAACCCUUUCUUCAAGUUGCGUCCAGCUCUCGCUCUGAAGCCAGAAGUAUUGAAAGAAAUCCGGGAAGCCAAAGAAAGAGAGGAAGAGCUGCGCAGACAGAGAUGCACUUUGUACGGAGAAAACGGGAAAAGUAAUAAAGACGAAGAAAAAUCACGAUUUGAAACAAUGCUCGCACCAGCAGAGCUUCGGGCCGCGACAAAACAGUGCAGCCAGCCAAGGAGUGUGUCAUUAUGUAGCACCAUGUUACUAUUUUCAUGUUAUCAGGAAACAGUCCAGUCGGAAACUGGAACGAGUUUGGCCGCCGCCGUCCAAGAAAUCUGAACAGGAGGCAAAAGUUCAAAGAGCAGGAGGUCAGAAAACUCUGUGGCAACGCUGGGAGGCCGGCCUGAUCAACGGGAAGCCGUCAAAGGAAAAUAACUGACAACCUGAUGUCUUCGAGUCUACAAAUAUCAAAAUAAAUCAUAUAUAAUCAUGUCAAUAAGCUACGAUGCUAGAGCUGCAUAUGUGCAAGAUUAAUCAGCAUUUUCAGAAUCAUGAAGGUAGUUUCAGUUUCUGGCUCUUCUUACUCUGCUUUGUAUCUGUGUCAAAAUACUUUUUGUGAUUUAUUUAAACACUGUUAAUCAGCAUGUAAAUAAAGAUUAAGUAUCAUUCUCCAUCAUGUUUAUGUUUAUGUAAAUGAUACAUGUCUAUUAACUGUAGUCAUACUGUUUAUGGGAAGACACAUCUCCACUUACAGUUGGCUACAGACUCACGUUUCUUUCUCCACAAGAUCUA